AACUAGGUCAACAAUUAUUGAGAGAGAGAGAGAGAAUAAUAAUGGAGGAGAUUGUGCAUAAGAAGGUGAGAGUGAACGGGUUAGAUAUGCACGUAGCAGAAAAAGGAAACGGUCCGACGAUCCUAUUCAUCCAUGGCUUCCCGGAGUUAUGGUACUCCUGGCGCCACCAAAUCCUUUACUUCGCCGACAACGGCUACCGUGCCGUCGCCCCUGACCUCCGUGGAUACGGCGGAACCACCGGAGCUCCAAACGACGACGUCGGGAAGUUCACCAUCAUGCACCUUAUAGGCGACUUGGUUUCGCUGCUUGACGCCGUGGCUCCGGCGGAGGAAAAGGUCUACGUGGUGGCUCACGAUUGGGGAGCCAUAAUCGGGUGGAAUUUAUGCCUUCUUAGACCCGAUAAGAUUAAGGCCUACGUGGAACUUAGUGUUUAUUACAGCCCCAGAAACCCGAACCCGGCAACAAGGCUACCCUAUUAUUACAGGGCCAUUUAUGGUGACGAUCAUUAUAUGUGGAGAUUUCAGGGCUGGGUUUAA